ACUAAGCCGUAUAGUCCUCUAGGAAAUGUGUGUUCGUGUAUUUAGUGUACCGGGAGGUGUCGAUUUACCGGUCCAGUACCUUUUAACCAGGUGAAAAUAAUGCAUUAGUUUCAGUCACCUGCCGGCGUUACCUGGUAGUGGGUGUUACUUGGGACUUGGAAUCAGUCUUCGAACUGAUUUAGUGAAAUAUAUUAAGGAAGAUCAGAGCCAGAACUUGGAUACCUCUGGACGGGAAAUGGUGAUAGCUGCAAGUUAGGAUAAACGGAAUAUUCAAACAUCAAGCAUGGAGGAUUCGAAGAAGGAAGAGGUCGCGUCCACCAGCGGCGAAGUGAAGGACGUCGAGGGUGAGCCCAAGAAGCUCAAGUACCCACGGGCCAUUCCAUUCAUUAUCAGCAAUGAGUUCUGCGAGCGGUUCAACUACUAUGGCAUGCGAACGAUUCUGGUGCUGUACUUGACCCGUAAGCUGGAUUACGACGAUGACACGGCAACGGUACUGUACCACUCGUUCACGACCCUGGUGUACUUUAUGUGCGUCAUCGGUGCGAUUAUCUCGGACAGCUGGCUGGGAAAGUUCCGAACGAUCCUUUACCUGUCGCUGGUGUACGUCGGUGGCAGCACGCUGAUCGCGCUCGGAGCGAUCCCCACGUGGGACGUCGACGCGCGGAUAAUGACGAUCUUUGGGUUGCUGUUGAUCGCCAUCGGUUCCGGUGGUAUCAAACCGUGCGUGGCGGCCUUUGGCGGGGAGCAGUUCAAGAUGCCCGAGCAGGCCAAGUACCUGGCGGUGUUCUUCUCGAUGUUCUACUUUGCCGUCAACUCGGGCUCGUUCGUGUCGACCAUGUUGACGCCGAUCUUGCGCGAGGACGUCAAGUGCUUCGGCGAUGACGAUUGCUUCUCGCUGGCGUUCGGCGUUCCCGGUAUGCUGAUGAUCACCUCGAUCAUCAUCUUCUUGCUGGGUAAGCCGCUGUACAAGAUCGUCGCACCGGCUGGAAACAUGUUCAUGAAGGUGUCCAAGUGCAUCUGGACUGCCAUCCGGACACGAUCCAAGGAAAAGUCCGUCAACCCACGCGAGCACUGGCUGGACUACUCGGAAAAACGCUGGGGUCAACAGUUGGUGGAUGAGACCCGCAUUCUGUUGAACGUGCUUCGGCUGUACAUCCCUCUGCCGGUGUUCUGGGCUCUGUUCGAUCAGCAAGGUUCCCGAUGGACCUUCCAGGCGACUCGCAUGGACGGCGAUCUUGGCUUCUGGACGAUCAAGCCCGACCAGAUGCAGGUCAUCAAUCCCCUGUUGAUCCUGGUCUUUAUCCCACUGUACGAAGUUGCCUUCUACCCGCUGCUGUCAAUGAUCGGUAUCCGACGACCACUGCAAAAGCUGACCCUGGGAGGAAUCUUUGCCGGAGUCUCCUUCGUCAUUUCCGCAAUCAUCGAAAUGCAACUAGAAGACACGUACGCAGUGCUCCCGAAGGCUGGAGAAUCCCAGCUGCGCAUCUUCAACGGUAUGAACUGUGACUACAACGUGGAAACCAGCCUGGCCGAUCACGCGACGUUCGUGCUGAAAGCCAAGGAGAUGUUCGAGGAAAAGUACGUACGAGUCAGCGGGCAGCAGUCCUUCACGUACAAGUUCUCAUCGAACUCGAAUGACCCGGCAUGUAACGCAAAGAUCAUCGGACAGUUCGCAAUGGAAGAGCACAAGCAGAUUUCGUACUUUGUGAACAAUCGAGAUGGUUCUGCACCAAAUUUGAUGCGCUACGAAGACGAAACGGACAAGUCCUCCAAGGGUUAUCCGCUGUUCCGAGUGCUUGGUAACACCGCCCAAAACACCACGAUCGUGUUCAAGGACCUGGACUCGGGCGAUCCGUUUAAUCGUCAUACCAACGGAACUUUCGUCUACGACAUCGUUGAUUCCUACCCAUCUCGUUACGAGAUCUUGGUUGAUGGGAAGCCCACCAAGGAGUACACGUUACGGCUUGGCGGAGUCUACGCGAUCAUCGUCGGUGAAGAGGGCAAUGACUACUGGACCGAAGCGAUCGUCGUCACCGAACCCAACUCCGUCAACAUGCUGUGGCUGGUUCCGCAGUACGUUGUAAUGACCCUGGGCGAAGUCAUGUUCUCGAUCACCGGGCUGGAGUUCUCCUUCACCCAGGCUCCGGAGAGUAUGAAGUCCGUACUGCAAGGCUGCUGGCAGCUGACGGUCGCAAUCGGUAACCUGAUCGUGGUCAUCGUGGCCGAGGCCAAGUUCUUCGACGCCCAGAAGUGGGAGUUCAUCAUGUUCGCCGUGCUGAUGUUUGUCGACAUGGGCAUCUUUGCCGUGCUGGCGUACUACUACAAGGCCAUUCCACUGAAGAACUACGACGAGGACGACGCCAACACGACGUUGCCGAUCGAGGACAAGAAGAACGGCGACGGGUUGGACAAUCCGACUUUUUCCAAGAGUGAAUAAAGUGACAACGCUUAGUUAGGCUAGCAAUCGAGCUGUUGUACAGCUUAUGUUUAGAUAUAUUAGGAGACAAAUAAAUAAACUUUCUUGUACACAUUU